GAACAGCACUCAGUGAGUAGCGCGAGCGGCGCGAGCUCAGUCCUAAUGCCGCUGGCAGCGGCUUACUUCAGCUGUACGACCGACGCACUCCAAUUAAACAGUGUGACCACAGACAUAGAGCAGCAUCUCUGGACUCAUCUGUGCUGCCCAAAGGGGAUACCCACUGGACCUGUAGACCCGCUUAUGUGUUGAACUUUUAUCAAGACACCAUCAUCAAUGAGGACACUGGGCAUGGCUGUGUUCAAGCAACAGAAAGUGGAGGAUUUUUAUGAAAUUGGAGAGGAGCUAGGAAGUGGGCAGUUUGCCAUUGUGAAACGAUGUAAAGAGAAGAGCACAGGUGUAGAGUACGCAGCGAAGUACAUAAAGAAACGGCAGAGCAGAGCGAGCAGAAGAGGAGUGCGGCGAGAGGAGAUUGAGAGGGAGGUGAACAUCCUUCAGCAGCUCCAGCACCCCAACAUCAUCUCACUGCACGAUGUCUAUGAGAACCGUACCGACGUGGUGCUCAUACUGGAGCUGGUGUCUGGUGGAGAGCUCUUUGAUUUCCUGGCCCAGAAGGAAUCUCUCAGUGAAGAAGAGGCCACUGAGUUUCUUAAACAGAUCCUUGAUGGAGUGCGGCACCUGCACUCCAAAAGCGUUGCACAUUUUGAUUUGAAGCCUGAGAAUAUUAUGCUGCUGGACAACAAUGUCCCAAUGCCACGGAUCAAAAUUAUCGACUUUGGCCUGGCACAUAAGAUCGAAGAUGGUGUCGAAUUCAAGAAUAUUUUUGGAACGCCAGAAUUUGUGUCUCCAGAGAUAGUCAACUACGAACCUUUGGGAUUAGCAUCGGACAUGUGGAGCAUUGGAGUGAUCACAUACAUCCUACUGAGUGGUGCCUCCCCAUUUUUGGGCGAGUCUAAACAAGAGACUAUGGCAAACAUUUCUGCCGUGAACUAUGAGUUUGAUGAGGAAUUCUUCGGCAGUACCAGUGAGCUGGCUAAGAACUUCAUCAGACAGCUGCUGACUAAAGACACAAGAAAGAGGCUCACAAUAGAAGGUGCUCUGAACCACCCAUGGAUAAAGCCUGUGAACCCUAGACAAGCUCUGGUGCGCCGACAGUCUGUGGUCAACAUUGAAAACUUCAGGAGACAGUAUGCUCGCCGGAGAUGGAAGUUCUCCUUCAGGAUUGUAGCGCUCUGUAACCAUUUGACACGCCUGAUGAAGAAGCCACAAGACAGGCCCAGGGAGGGCUACGUGGAGCGCACAGUGGCCAUGUUUGAGAGGGACUGUGAGAGUGACCAGGAGGAGGAGGUGAUGCUGAGGAGACCCAGGACCAGGAAGAGGAGCAGCACCUCCUGAAACUCCUAUACAGAAGACAGUGGGUCUGCUGUAAGCAAAGAUACACCAGCCUCGACAAAACACACUGGUGAAAAACAGUCCAGGUUGUGCCUUUUACAGGUACACGCCCUUUAAAGAAGUGUUUUAUAAGAGCGGCUGAGUCAUAAGUAAUGUACAUAUGCCCUGGCCACACUCAUGCAUACAGUUGUUUGUCAAAUAACAGUGUCAAGAAAAGUGAUGCAAUAAGUGCCAGGUAUUAAAAUAGUAUGUUUUUAAAGCUGUGCACAAAAACGCUCAUGCACUUAUUGGGGAAGGGGAAAGAGAGAAAGGAUUUUUACUUGUGUACUUAUAAAGUCCAUGAGUGCAAUGUUAACCAUAGAAAUAUCUUAAGUAACUGUCCCUUUGUAUGAGCACUGGGACUUUCCAGUCUACUGUCUUUAAAAGUGCCUGUGGUCUUAAUAUGUGCCAUGAUAUUUUGCAUUUAUUUUGCUAUAUAUGCUCUUUACAAACUGGCCAACUUAAUUGUUGAAGUAUGUGAUAUGUUACUAGUAAGGUUAAUUAGCUUUUUUGUCUUAAAAGCUCUCUGUGGGACAGUUUCAGUAGUGUUUUGUGUAUUUACAAACAAACCAAGAAGUGAGUUUGACAGUCUGACAUUACUGGGUAUUGCACAAUAGGUAACACUACACUGAAAGGCAGCAUUCCUAAGGCUACAGGACACCUGCAUUAGGUUUAUACAAGAACUGAUGUAAACCUACAUUAAUGUGAAUGAAGGCUUAUUCCAACAAGUGUCAGUUGUCAUCUUUAGUCUGUUUUGUCAUGCUUUUGAUGAAGCAAUAUGACAUUUGGUGCUUGUUGAAAUAAGCGCUUAUAAAUGACUAUAUAGGUUUAUGUUAGUUGUCAUGAAAGACUCGUGUAGCUUUAUGAGUGCUGCCCUUCAGUAAAGUGUGACCACAUGAUGUUUUCUGACUUUCUUUCACAUUUUAAAGAUAUAGGUCAAGAAGCAAGGUUUGUCAACCAUGCUUUUUCUUUUAAGAAAAUGUCAUCCAUAAUUUUGAAAUCAGGGCAACAAUGUGCUACCUCACACACUUUGGGAAGCAAAACAAAGGCCACCUCACAAUAGUGGAAAUUAGAGUGGUAAUUAAAGUAUUUCUAAGAUUGGUUUUAGUUUUCAUGUCAUCCUGAAAAACUGGCCUCACCUUAGUAGUGCAGUAACAGCAGUGCAGUGGGCCAUCUUAAAUAUCUUUGAGUGUCAUUAUAAGGUAUUUUAUACACAUAACAAGAAACAUUUAUCUUUUUAAUGCCAUUCAGGGUAUGAGGUGUUGUGUGUUUUUAGAAAGGAAGCACAAUGUUUAUUAGAAAAAAAAGACAAAAAAAUCAACACCUCACUGUUCUCUCAGUGAUUUUACAUCAGACAAAUUCACAAACAGCUUGCUUACACAGUAUCAACCUGUUCCAUGGAAUAGGUUUGACUGUGUGUUGAAGGUGUGUAUUUCUUCUUGCAUUAGUCAUACAUUAUCAGUUUCAGUUUUAGGCAAUGCUGUUAGCAUUUGUCAUCUUGUCUAUAAAAGUAUUGAAGUGCUCCAACACUGAAAUGAAUCCGUUUUGACUAUGGGUGACUUUCCUUUCUUGUGUUUAUUUCAAGCUUAUUUCUGAGUUUACCUUGUUUUUUUAAUUAUGUUUAAAUGGCCAAUACGUGGUAAUAUUCAUUUGAGCUCUUUCCUGACCAGUACAGUUUCGUAUUUUUGUUACUGCAUGCAGCAUGUUUAAAGUGAUAAUGAUAACUAAUUGAAUUGUCUUUGGGCUGUUUCUCUGUGAAAAAGGCCCCUUAUUUUGUACAAACAAACAAAAAAUAAAUGUUUAAUAUAUUUAUUUGAUUUCUUGUUUGUUUAUCUUAUGAAAUGAGAUUGUAAGGGAGCCAACAUGGAAGCAAAAAAGUGAGUUGCUAAUGAUGUAUGUUGUUUUGAAGAGAACGAUGAAUAAAAGUGAAUGCUUUUACAUGUUUACAGUCA